UUGGCAGUGUAUCCCUGAGUUUUUAAGCAUAGACAACCAAGAAGUGAUUGCUAAUAGGAAGCAGGGGCGGCAUAAGGUGAAAAGCCUUUUGUUCACGAGUUUGAUAUGGCCAUUGACUUAAGCUUAAGCUUAAGAUAACAUUCUUCCAAAAUAAGAUAAGUCAUCUGCGCAGCCAUUAACAAAAUGCUUGAAGUAAGAAACAAAUUCCAAAAUCUCAAGAAUCGCAGAUGAAAGAAACGUUCUUUGCGCUUGUAGUGCUUAUCUAGCUUAUAUGUUAAGAAUUGAAAAAAUUCCUCGUGACUUUUUGUCUUUCUUGUGACAUAACGACAAUUUGAUAAUACUACUGGAAGAACUCCAUCAAUGGGAAAUCGACGUAGAAGAAAAAAAAAAGUGCUCCAUUUGUCUUUAAAAGGAAUUUCGCAGCCGAAUUCCAUGACUAACCCGCCCAAUCGUUGCACUAGAUCUGGCCAGUUUGCACCAUAGCAACACAAGGGUCUGGAUAACUCAACGAGUUCAUGCUCGCGCUAAUUAUAUGCGUCAUAAUACAUCGUUACAUAUCAAGCCGAUCCUCUCUUCGCAACAAACGAUCGCUCAAUAAAGAUAAAAUUCCACAUGAAGUUUAAUUUGAGAGUGGAGGCGAGCUACCUUUCCAAUGGAGAUCCUACCAGAUGACAUUUGGCUGGAGGUUUUUACGUUUCUCACUCAGAGAGAUCUGCUUAGAGUUUCACCCGUUUGUCGAGCGUGGUAUCGCUUGUCACGUGAUAGUUCGCUUUGGUCGUGUCUUGAUCUUGAACCAUUCUGUAGAUCAUUGCAAGGGGAAACAAUACUGAGGUUGAUUAAUACUUUAUUUGCACCGAGCGGAAAGCAUCUCAUUCUCAACAAGAACCUUGUAACUUCCGAGAUGUUGCAAAGUUUGUUUGAAAAUUGCCGCAGAUUAAAAAGUCUCAGUCUCAACGACUGCAGGUUCCAUUCCGCUGGACCUUGGUAUGAGCUGACGUUUGAUCAGGUGGAGACACUAAUCUUUUUAGACUUGAGGAACGCCAGCGGAUUCGCUGCUGGUGUAGAAGAUAUCUUAAUACAAGCAUACAAUCUCAAAUACCUAGGUCUUCACUGUUGUAUCAGUCCUCGACUGCUGAUCAGAAUGUUUAUUACAAAGCACAACCUGCGCAUGAUUGACUGUACACAGUGUGACUGGGUCACAGACGACAGUAUUCAAACUAUUGCAGAAAACUCUCUAUUUUUGGAGGCAGUUUGUGUCGCAAAGUGCCGCAAUUUACAAGGAAGAACGCUUAACAUAUUGGUAGAAAAAUGUCCGCGUUUGAAAACGCUUAUUUUAGAAGGAACACAGAUAGUAGAUGAGUAUGUCAGACUGGUGGACUGGAGUCAAACAAACAUUACCGAGUUGAAUGUACUUCGUUGUUACCGCUUGUCAUUUUCAGGCCUGUCAGAAAUACUCCCUAAAUUAAAGCGCUUGCGCUACCUCAAGUGCGCGCUGACCGACGAAGUCCUAAAACUCAUCGCGAAUGGUUAUCCAUUGUUGGAAGUUUUAUUCCUUCAUCGGCGCUACCCAGUGACAGUAAAAUGCGUCAGUGAUUUACUGUUCCAUUGUCCAACUUUAACCUGUCUUGAUCUUUCAUCCAUCCCUUUGGCUUUUGUCUACUUUGAGAGCUUUCUUCCCAGCAUGCCUCGGCUUCGAAUGUUGAGUUUUGCUGGCAAUGAGCUUCUGGGUACUGAAAAAAUUAUUCGUUCGCUGGCUAGAAACUGCCUAGAUUUGGAAGUUGUCUGUGUCAACUAUUUCCAUUCAACUAACAACUUCGAAAUUGAACGUGCUUUUGUGUAUCUGUUACAGAGGUGUGAGAAGCUCAAAGAGCUUAUCCUAAAUGGUUUAUUUGUUAGAAAUUUGAUCUUAUCCAUCAGAAGUUUGGCAUAUUAUGUGUGCAACAAGGAAGAUAUAUCAAUAGUAGAAAAUAAGCCCUUCUUUCUUCCCGGGCCCCAAAAUUGCCUAAACAAUGUUAAAAAUAGGAAGCUUUAG